UUCCUUCCCCUCACUUCACCGGAACCCCGAGCAAGAGUCUAGUUUUGAGGGACGGGCCACCGGAUUUCCUAUUUUUUUCAUUGGUGAAGCUGAGCAACAGGCCGUUGAACACAUCGUCGGGUGGUAGCUUGAAGCAAAAAGAUCCAGAGGAAUUUCCCUGUUAUACUUGUGCUUUUUAACCCUAAACCUUAAUCUGCGUCGAUGUGUGAGGCUGUGAUGAUUUUUUGAAGCAAAAAGAGCGAUCUGCUUUCGAUCUUGGAGAGCUGGAAGACGCUAUAUUUCUGCAAGGAUUGAAGAUCAGUACAAUGAUGAGACAAAACAAAGGAUAUGAAUGCUUUAUACAGAGGCCUGCAGCACCACGAGAAUGUUUCCCUUAUUGACCAUGAGAUUCCUAGAAGAGAGAAAAACCUUUUCUAAAGUGGUUCUUGGGGAAGCUCAAAAUCAGGAGAAGAGAGUAGUGAUUGAGGAACAACUGUGAACACACUUCCCACCACCAGCUGUGUUGUAAUACAUCCUCUUCGCAUAGCAGAUGGACAAUGGAAUGCUCACUACUGUAUUUCUAUUUCAACUGUUUAGGAUGUUGCAUUGAAGCUGUGCCUGCUAUGACUCAAGCUCGCUGUUAAUUGGCUCCAAAUAUUAGCAAUGCUGGGAAUAAGUUUCCAAUCUCUGUUUAUUUUUUCAGCACUCUUUCGUGUCUUUUUAAUUAUAUAUGGGGAGUGGCAAGAUGCUAAUAUGGAGGUUAGAUACACGGACGUAGACUAUUUUGUCUUUUCUGAUGCUGCAACCUUAAUGGCAUCUGGAAAAUCACCUUAUGAAAGAUCAACAUAUCGCUAUUCACCACUGAUAGCCUUUCUUCUGAUGCCUAAUUCAUUCCUCCAUCAAACAUGGGGAAAAUUUCUCUUUUCCGCAUCAGAUUUACUUGUGGGGUUGCUUAUCCAAAGAAUUCUGAAGUUACGUGGCGUUCCUGAGAAAUUAUGCACCUAUUCUACGAUGGUAUGGCUUUUUAACCCAUUUACGUUCACCAUUGGAACGCGUGGGAACUGUGAGCCCAUUAUCUGCUCCAUGAUUUUGUGGAUCUUAACGUGUCUGAUGAAUGGGCAUGUGUUGCAGGCUGCAUUUUGGUAUGGACUUGUUGUUCACAUGAGAAUAUAUCCAAUAAUAUAUGCACUGCCCAUUGUCUUACUUCUUGAUCCUCGGCAUUUUCAACCUGGUAAGAAGCCUGUGCUUGUUGAAUGGAGCUCUAGAACGUUAAAACCAUCCUCAGCUACUAGCAGCUCAAAAACUUCUACUACACAGUACAUUUGGAACUUCUGCAUAAACAUGAUCACUUGGAGAAGAGUCAUGUUCGGGAUUAUUUCUGCAUCCACUUUCUUCGUCUUGACAGGAUUGUCUUUCCAUUUAUAUGGAUGGGAUUUCUUGCACGAGGCUUUGCUAUACCAUCUUACCCGUACAGAUCCGCGUCACAAUUUUUCCAUAUAUUUCUACCACAUAUAUCUCCACUAUGAGCAUGAGUUUUCCAUCCUGGAGAAGCUCAUCUCCUUUCUGCCUCAGUUCAUUGUCCAACUAGUUCUGAUUUCCCGCUUCGCCCUUGACUUGCCAUUCUGUUUAUUUCUGCAGACACUGGCAUUCGUGGCAUUUAAUAAGGUCAUAACAGCACAAUACUUUGUCUGGUUCUUUUGUCUGUUGCCUCUAAUAUUGCCAUGGAGCAAUAUAAAGCUUGUCUGGAAAGGCCUAGCCUGCAUCAUUUUGUGGAUUGCAGCUCAAACCAAUUGGUUAGCGUGGGCUUACUUACUCGAAUUCCGAGGAAAGAAUGUCUUCUUCCAACUCUGGGUAGCAAGUUUACUGUUCUUGGCAGCCAAUACUUUUGUUAUUAUGAAUACUAUUUGUAGCCAUCUAUACAGUCCUCUGUUCCAACAGUUGAAGCAGGGAGGCAAACUCAAGCAAGGCUAUGAAAGGUGACGUCUCGCUUUUAGUGAACAGCGCAACAUUUUUGAAGGUUAUUUUUUUGGAACUUUGGAACAGUAUCACCAAUAUUAAUGCCUGUUUAGAUCUUCUUUUUAAUAGUGUUUGAUUGAUAUCAUAAAAGUAUACAAUUUAAGUGAUAUCUUUUUAGAAAGUAUAUGAUUACAAUGAGGGACCUGGCAGAGGGGCUGGCUGACGCCUCAGUGAGAAGGGCUGGCUUGGUGCCAAAUAUGUACUGUGUUUAUAAGGGGUGAAUGAAUUAGCUUUGGUGUCAUUUUUGUCAGGUAAAACAAUGGGAACAUACAUUUGCAACCUGCAAACAGUGGAAUUGAUAUGCAGCAUUGUUUAAGUUUA